GAUAGGAACGGCGGAACGAAAUGUCGUAAUGGCGAGUGCGUCUGUUCCAUUCCGCGUAUUUGAUGUCGUGAUAAAGUUGCUGGGCGUACGCGUCCGCGUUAUCGGUCGUCCGGAGACGAGAUAGAUUCGAGCGGCUUCUGCCGCGUCGCCCGAAUCCGCGACGCUUUGAAAGAUCGAGUUUGAAAACCGACCCUGUCGAUGAAUCAUAUACACGAGAGGAGCCAGGACUCGAGUAACCACGCGUCAAUUGCAUUUACUUCGCUCUCGUUGUGCGCGUAUUCCGGGACGCGCGAACUGUCAAACGUCAAACCGCGCGGAUUAGCUGUCAAACGUCAAACCGCGCGGAUUAGCUGUCAAACGUCAAACCGCGCGUGGACCAGCUGUCAAACUUCCGCGGCCGUCUCUGUCGCUCCUGCCCCGUAAUAUGAGAUCGGAGCGAGCAUGAAGGUGACCGUGUGCUUCGAGAACGUCAGGGUGGUGGUCCCAUGCGGAGAUGGGACCCUCCUUGUAAGGGAUCUGAUGCACGAGGCUAUCCUGAGGUACAAAAAGGCUACCGGGAAGAGCGACAGCGUUUUGACCAUCAACAGCCUGUCUUCCUUGACCGGAGGCGGUCUGUUGGACCCGGACGACAGAUUGUGCGACGUAGCAGAUGACAGGGAACAGAUCGUGGCGCACUUUGUCAGCUCCGAUGUUAAUCAUAUCGGGGGAGAUGGGGCGAGUUCGGUCGGCACGAACAGUCCUGAUUACUUCCAUACGGAUGGGAAGGAGCAGACUUAUCCAAUCGAUAUACAUUCCUCUAUGCCUACUAGUAGUAUUAAGAGAGAGAGCACCAAGCGGUUGUCAAUGCACGCGUUGUCAACCAGAGAGCCUUCUCUCGCAACGUAUUCUGCUCAGUCCCUACCUAGAGAGUCUCGACGUAGGGAGCCUUUAGGCCAAGAUUCCAAGACUUCAUAUGAGUUUGGUAGUAAUAUCGAAUCUGGAGAACAGGAGAUACGGGAAAUUGUGAUAAAGAAUGAAGCAGGACCACUGGGACUCCAUGUGGUACCUUGUUACGACUUAUUAGGCAAUGAUCAGGGUCUUCGAGUCGAAGGUAUUGAACCAAAUGGUCGUAUUGCUAGGGAUGGACAGAUUGAUUUGCACGAUAAUAUUAUAAAGAUUAAUGGUCAUAAUUUGUUACACAUACCAUUUUCAAAAGUUCAAGAGAUUUUCAGAACGUGCAUGAACGAUCCUUGUUUGCAAAUUUCCAUCGUCAAGCAUAAGAAGAAAAUAAGGAACGAAAAGUCUUUGCAUAAAAAUUAUGGAAAUACCAGCGGAGGAUCGGAGAAGACCGAAGAUGAGAGUAUCAAGAGACUUCAAUGCAGCAACUAUAACCUUUUACAGACCGCAAACACUAGGAAAAUUGGACGGAUGAUAGAGAUAGAACUAAUUAAAGGAACUAAUGGUUUGGGGUUCAGCGUUACCACACGUGAUAAUCCUGCUGGAGGACAUUGUCCCAUAUACAUUAAGAAUAUAUUACCAAAAGGUGCUGCCGUGGAGGAUGGCAGACUUAGACCGGGUGAUAGAUUGUUAGAAGUAAAUAACAAAGAGAUGACUGGCAAAAGUCAAGCAGAGGUUGUGUCACUGCUCAGAAGUAUUCCUCCUGGAGGUAAAGUUAGGAUGAUAGUAUCACGGCAGGAAGAAAUUUCUUCAAACAUUCCAGAUUCUCAGAGUACAGCGACAUCCACUACUUCCACUGCUGAGGUAAUGGAUAAUUCAAAAUAUUGGAACGCAUUAAACAGAUCACCAACGAAAAAGAAUGAUGUACAAGAUAAAGUAAGUACUCAUACUUAUGACAAAUGCACAUAUAAACCAGUGAAGUCUUCUGACGAUGUUGUCUUAUCUUUACGAAAGAAUCGCGUGAUAAUAAAUUUAGAUAUACCAGUGCAUGAUUCUGAGAAGGCUGGUCUAGGUGUCAGCGUGAAGGGUAAGACCAACAGUUCCGAUGACAACACUAAUAUGGAUUUAGGCAUUUUCAUAAAGAGCGUCAUCCAUGGUGGUGCAGCAUCCAGAGAUGGUCGCCUACGAACCAACGAUCAAUUGCUCAGGGUCAACGGUGUGUCCUUAUUGGGACUGUCUAAUUCCGAGGCGAUGGAAACUUUAAGGAGGGCAAUGCUUAAUACAAACAGCUCAGUAACCGGUGUGAUUAAUCUUAUAAUAGCUAGAAGAGUAUCGUCAUAUGACACAAGUGAGAAGAAUAUUGUAGAUAAUUUACAGUCUCAUCGCAAACAAGAAUCCAUCAGCAGCAUAUACAUAUCAGCAGAUUCAACUAAGGCGAACGACGGUAUAGUCAAGGAGAAGAACACUUUGAAUUCUCAGACAGAUGUACUGGACAACGGAGGACUAUUGUCUUGCGUAACAGCUUCACCAUGGAAUCCUGUCAUUGAUAGAUUAACGGAGCAAUAUAGCAAGAAUAGUCUAAGAAACGAAAGCUACUGUCUCGCCACCAAUAAUACAUGGAUCGAACCUGUUGGUAAUCUAAAGAAGACUAUAGGCUCGCGCGAUGAUCGGAUCGAAUCGGUAUUAUUGGAAGAAUCCAACAACGAUAGCUCCCAAGGAAACGACGCCAAAGGACGAAACGCCGAGGACAAGGACAGUCAAUAUUCCGGGGAUCCCACGUACGACAGUCAAUUAUCUCUGGAGGAAUUGAAUUCUUCGUCGAACAAAUUUUCUCGCGACGCUCUCGGUAGGCAGAGCAUGUCGGAGAAGCGACACGCCGCCCUCGACGCUAAGAACACGGACACCUAUAAGAGAAACAAGAAGUUACGCGAGGGCAGAGAAAACAAGAACGCGGAGCAAAUCAAUCAGAAAUCGACCAGCCAAACGAGCAAUCAUUCAGGUGAUCUGGACGAUUAUUCUAAGAGGAGCGGCAGCAAGUCAAACUUUGAGAAACAUACAAAAAUUAAAGGGGCCUUAACUGAGAAUACAAGUACCGACAAUAAUGUGAAGCACUACGAGAAGUCUGUCGAUCCCGCUCAAUCAGAAUACAUGUACACUAUACCAGGAUGCAAUAAUAAGUUUCUCUCGCCGAGGAAACACUGGCUCGUGGACGACGGCCAAGUUACGAGUAGCAAUAAUAUCAAAGAUGAUCGGGAAGGUUUUUCAAAUAGUCGCGGCGACGUAAAGCAGGCCUCCCUUAAUUCAGCUUUGGACGAUCGAUACAAACGUUCGCGGAAAAAGGGCGGCAUUCGGUCGGCGUUGCUGCGGUUGGGCAAGAACAGGAAAUCGCUCAAUUUCGGUGAUAGCAUAGAGACGAGGCACGAAACCACAUUUCAGAUUACUCCCAACGUAAUCUUUUACCAACAGAAACGUUUUCGAGGCAAAAUUAAUAUACAACCCAGAGCGCCGUUUUAUUACAGAGCGUUGGUGAACAAAUUUAUGACACCUUUUUAUCCACCUAAAAACGCAGGCAAGAAUUUGGAGGAACUAUGUCACAAGGCAAUAAAAGCUGGAAGAAAAAAGGAAUUGGAAGAGAUGGCAAAUCCUUACGAAAAAAUAAUAGCGCGUGAGAUUCGAAACUGGUUCGACACUUCCAAAAUGGUCGCCAUUUGCCAUCAAAAUUCUAUAACGCAGGAGGACCUGUUUGAGCUCCGAGUUCCAUUAAAAAGGGCGAACAUGUACUACAAGCAAUAUAAUCAAAAACUUAUGAAAUUAGCGUUGACCAAUUCACCUUACGCAGUGACGUUGCCAUUGUAUAGAUCAUCAUUCGGUCUUAUAUUCGGUUCCGACACAAAUAUCACCGACCUUCAAAAAAUUGUCAAAAAGUGUCCACAAGUCAUUCUGUUGGCUGGCAUCCUGGAGGGACAAGUCUUGAGCAAGGAUGACUUCUUGAGAUACGGCAAAAUGGAUCUUACAACUGCGCGGAUCCAGCUUGUUCAGUUGUUACAGAGUGCAGGCGGCAACAACUUAAAUCAGCAGCUCACAUAUCAUCAAUCCACAUUAAUCGCGCGAUUAAAACAGAUCGGUACAAACGAAACAACUUCCGGUGAGAACGAAGAAUCGGUGCCUGUAUAAUUGCAAAAUAUAUAAAUAUAUAUAUAUAUAAAUAUAUAUAUAUAUAUAAUUCUUACUCGGUAAUUUAUUAUAUAUCUUAGAUCUAAAGCUUUAAGUAAAAAUUACAGUUUAUUUCUAUAUCUUGUAUUUGCGGUAAGAAUAAGAGAUUCUGGUACAAAUUUCUCAAUUUAUUAUAAUCUCACUUACAAAUCUCCAUCGAGGACAGCGUCGCAAUAAAGUUAAUCAUUGAGCAAGCGGUGUGUAACUUCUGUCGCACAUUGAUUUAUCUCGAGUUUCAACUUAUUUAUUAAACGCAUAUCAAAGGCACCUUCACACACCGUCGAAUUUGUAAUACGUCAUGUUUUAACAUAAAUAAUACGAAAGCAUUUCUAAGAUAUCUCGUCACCGUAAACGUGUCGCGUUCGCUCAUUGUAACUUUUUAGUGGCAGUAAUUGCAACGAGGAUGACACUUGACUCCGUUUUCACCGCAUUUGCAGCCACCGGAUGUGUCCCCUUUACCCUGUGACAAGUAACAAGUUACGAUCGAUAGAAGCGCAGAACGUAACGAUGUCGUUAAUUGUUAACAAGUCUACGUUUGUUAGAGCUUAAUAUAAAGGUCCUUAAUAACCAUGAUAAA